CCUGGAUGUGCGCAGCCGCAGAGCGCCGCUGCUGUGCCUAAUACCCAUCGCUGCGCACUUGACAGCCAGUCCGCCCGUCCGGAGCCCGGCUCGUUGGGGCAGCAUGGCGGGGUCGCCACUGCUCUGCGGGCCGAGGGCCGGGGGCGUCGGCAUUUUGGUGCUGCUGCUCUUGGGCCUUCUGAGGCUGCCCCCAACCCUGUCAGCGAGGCCCGUGAAGGAGCCCCGCAGUCUGAGCGCAGCAUCCGCGCCCUUGGCGGAGACGAGCACUCCCCUCCGCUUGCGUCGGGCCGUGCCCCGAGGAGAGGCGGCGGGUGCGGUGCAGGAGCUGGCGCGGGCGCUGGCGCACCUGCUGGAGGCCGAGAGACAGGAACGCGCGCGUGCUGAGGCGCAGGAGGCUGAGGAUCAGCAGGCGCGUGUCCUGGCGCAGCUGCUGCGCGCCUGGGGCUCUCCACGUGCCUCGGACCCGCCCUUGGCCCCGGACGAUGACCCGGACGCUCCAGCUGCACAGCUCGCCCGUGCUCUGCUCCGAGCUCGCCUAGACCCGGCCGCUCUGGCAGCCCAACUUGUCCCCGCCCCUGCCGCUGCGCCGCGACCCCGGCCCCCAGUGUAUGAUGAUGGCCCCACCGGCCCAGACGUCGAGGAUGCCGGCGACGAGACUCCUGACGUGGACCCUGAGCUGCUGAGGUACUUGCUAGGGCGGAUCCUCACCGGAAGUUCGGAGCCAGAGGCUGCUCCUGCCCCGCGCCGCCUCCGCCGAUCUGUGGACCAGGAUUUGGGUCCCGAGGUGCCUCCUGAGAACGUACUGGGGGCUCUGCUACGCGUCAAACGCCUGGAGAACCCCUCGCCCCAGGCGCCUGCACGCCGCCUCCUGCCUCCCUGAGCGCUGCUGCAUCCUGCACGCCCUGGAACCCAGGAGCGCCCCAGCAACCCUGACUCCCUGCCAGCACGUCCAAGGCUGCCUACCCCGGCGACCUCCCAUCCCCUGAGCCCUCAAUAAAUGCCACCUGUAGCAGCUGUUUGUCUGAGCGCCCUGUACUAGGGGGCCGGUGGGCUGGGUGACAAUGAUAAUGGAAUAGUGGCUGUCCUACUGAGGACAGCACAGUACUGUUUGGGACCUCUACUGGUGAGGAAUACAUGCCUGCUUCCUCUGGACUUUGCGGGUCUCACCAGGUGCCUGGGCUACCCUUCUAGGCUUCACUGAGGCGGGUUCCCUGGGAGGCUCUGAGCUUUCUUUCAGCGUCUGCCGGGGUCCACAGCACUAAGCCAAGGGGCUAUGAAUUCACUCAUGGUCUGCCAGGACCAGGCUUGUUGUGAGGGCCCCAGGUGGAUCACAGACAUCCAGCACUGUAUCAGCAACUGCCAAGCACUGCUUACACAGGGCUCUGAAUAUUCACUCCAACCAUGGCCUUUGCCCUGGCCACUUGUUCUAUAUCCUCAGUAUGUGCAAGUUUUUGCACUUCAUAGUCUUUUCUUACCCUUCCUGUCACUGUCUUGUGUUGGACAAGGAAGGAGGUUGUUUUGUUUGUUUUGAGGUGUAUCCAAAGCACGGUUGGGCGGUUUCUCAAGGUUUUUUUUUUUCCUAUUAAAAAAAAUUGAUCCCCAGUCUUAAUAUGUAAUCUUGGUUGUCCUGAAACUCACUCGGUACACCAGGCUAGCCUCAAACUCAGAGAUUCAUCUGCCUGCUUCCCUGAGAGCUGUGAUUAAAGGUGACUGCCACACUUGGCUCCUUCUUUUUAAAAAUAUUCUUAACUGCUGUUGGGCCCGGUGGUACAUGUCUUUUUAAUCCCAGCACACUGGAGGCAGUGGCAGGUAAAUCUCUGUGUCUUAAAGGCCAGAGUAAUCUACAAAAUGAGUUCCAGGAGAGUUACAUGGAGAAACCCUAUUUCAAAAAAAAAAAAAAAUCCUAACUGCUGAGUUUUCAACUUUGUCUUCCUUUUGGAAGCAGUCUCACUAUUGUAGCUCUGGCUAUCCUGGAAGAUCUCUUGAAUUUCCAGCAGGGCUACAUAGUAAGAACCUGUCUCCAGAAAAGGAAAGAAGAAAAGAAAAACAAAGAUUUAGUAUAAAGGAAGCUUUGAAUCCUGAGAACAUUUAUUUAAUAUUGCAUAGAAUUUCAUAAAACACAGUCAACGAGGGAUGUCCGACGUUACCACGUAACUUGUCACCAAAUGACAAUAAAAAGAUGUCUGUGGUAA